UACAACGUUUACCAACACUAAAUCGGAAGUUUACCAAUCAAUGCUCAAAAAUACACAACAUACAACACUUUCACAGACAAACAAAAAAGAAAGCAAACAACCAAUGAACUUCUCCAGCGUACGAUUAUCGCUACCGUGAUUGUUCUCGCACGAUUAGAUAAGAAAUAAGGUGAUAAUUCGUAUAGUUUUUAGGUGGCUAAUCGGCAAUCUAUAGUGGUGCUACAUUUCGCAUACGCAUGAGCUUGGCGAGAUGCUGACUACAAUUUAGUUGUCGCAUUGACACGUACAGCAGAAAGUAUCUGCAGCGGACGGCAUUAGUGAUAUAAAAUAGCCAAAAUCGAAAAAACAUGUGUGUAAUAUUUUUCUAUGCGAAUUCAAAUCCCACCUCUGGUGGAUACAAACUUAUAUUAGCGUCCAAUCGGGAUGAGUUCUUUGCGCGUGAUACACAGGACGCAGCGAAAUGGGCUAACGCCGAUCAUGUCUACGGUGGUAUUGACCUGGAGCCAGGACGUGAAGGUGGCACUUGGCUGGCGGUGGGUGGGCAUGGAGGUGUCUUUAAAAUAGGUGCACUACUCAACUUGACAGGAGAGCCCAAACCGAGGAAUGCUGUAGCUACAAACCAUAACAUAAUGCACUACAAUCAUAACCACAAUAAGGCUGACAUCACAAGUAACAGCAAUCCUGCAGUCACAUCCUCAAUACUACACAACGAACAUUUUUUGUUAGGCCGUGGCAUGAUCGUUUCGGACUUUGUCACUUCCAUGGAUGAUUGCAACAUACAAAGCUACAAUAGUCAACUGCUGGCCGAAUGUACUAAGUACAGCGCUUUUAAUUUUGUUUCAAUCGAAAUUGGCGUACCAAAAACACCAGCCAAUAUUUUGUUGCUAAGCAAUUCACCGCCCGGCUUGGAGCAGUUCGAUGAGGGUAAAUGCUAUGGAUUUGGUAACAGCCUUGCUACGACACCUUUUCAAAAGGUUGUCAAUGGGCGUCAACGCUUUCAAAACAUUGUUGAACGUUUUUAUAGCAAGUUAGCCACAUCUCCGGCGGAGUCUGCGCAUGAGAUUCAAACUGAACUUGUCACAAACUUGAAGAAUCUACUAAAAUGUAAACAUAAGUUUUGGCCUGAUGCAGAAUUGGAACGGCGCGCUCCCAAUUGGGGUGAGCAUUUGAGUGCGCUCAAUGUGAACGUACCGUCGGCUGGCUACGGUAGUCGCACACACACAGUGAUACUCAUUGAUGAGCAUAAUAAAAUGCAUUUCUACGAGGAAACGAUGAGUGGACUCGAUCCUGACGGCGAUUGGCGACAAACGCAUAUUGAAAAACAAUAUUUUCUGAAUCAGAACUAAAGUAAUGUGACUGCGCAUACUAAUAAUGCAACUAGAACACAUAAAAACAUUCUGCAUGUUAAGGUAGUGACGUUAAAACUGAAAAGCCUCAUAAUUUAAGCUUCAAACUCAAGGCGAAUUGUGUAGCAUUCUUGCUUCAAACUCUAGGCGAAUUGUGUAGCAUUCUUGCUUCAGACUCAGGUGAAAUUACUAAAGUAUUUCGUGCUAACGUAAAAUAUAAUAACAACUAACUAACAAAUGAAAAAAUUUAAUUUAAUUAGAUAAAUAUUUUUGUCGUGCUUUUAUAGCGAAAGUA